GUAAAAGCCCGCGAGUAUUUCACGUAUUGUGUAUUUCGGUUAGUUUCAGCACAUCGAUCCAUCAUAAGUGUCUUUGUGCCGGUAUUUGUGCUGUUUUUCGGUGUCCUGUGGAGGAAAAGCCGAUGUUUGAGCCUGAGGGACACCGCUUUAUUAUGUCGCUUUUUUUACAGCAGGGCUGAAGGGAAAUUUAAAAGACCUAAAAAUAAAGUGUCGGUUUCUACUCCACAAAGAAUCAUUUGAACUUCCUACCGCAGAAGGAGAAGGACAUAAAUAGUUCUGACAUGUGGAUGUAAUUUCAGGAAAAAAGGCAGACAGAUGCAGAGAAAUAAAACGCGAGCGGGAGAGAGAGAGAGUGGGAAGAGAUCUGUGACAAGGAAAAGCCGUGAGAAAAUAUUCAUAAUUUCACAAGCGAACGAUGUAAUGGGAGGGCAGCAGAUGGACGAGAAAUGACUGGCUCUUUAUCGGCGCUUAAACAGAUGCAAACCUCAGAGAAAUCCCGUGUAAUCUGACAGCAGUUUGAGUGAACCGAGGCGGGAUGGGAGCCACGCUGGUCGUGCACACUUUAGGGCUCCUCUUCUGCGGCACCUUGCUGAGCUUCGUCUAUGGGCUGGUUGAUGCUGAUGAUGUCGUCACAAAAGAGGAACAACUCUAUGUUCUGUUCAACGCAAAGAGGAAAUGCGAGCUGGUGAUCAAGUCCACACAUAAAACUGAGGGUUUCUGCUCGCCGGAGUGGGAUGGCAUCGUGUGCUGGCCCGAGGGACUUCCUGGGAGGAUGGUGUCCACCGCCUGCCCAGACUACAUAUAUGACUUCAACCACAAAGGACAUGCCUACCGGCGCUGUGACUUCAACGGGACCUGGGAACUGGCCUCGAACAACAACAAGACCUGGGCCAACUACAGCGAGUGCGCCAAGUUCCUCACCCAUUACAACCAGAACCAAGAGAGGGAGGUCUUCGACAGGCUUUACCUGAUCUACACGGUGGGCUACUCCAUCUCUCUGGGCUCGCUGAUGGUGGCGACCGUCAUCCUCGGAUACUUCCGGCGGCUGCACUGCACCAGAAACUACAUCCACAUGCACUUGUUCGUGUCAUUCAUGUUGAGGGCCAUUAGUAUAUUUGUGAAAGAUGUGGUGUUGUACUCUGGUGCUGCGCUGCAAGAAAUGGAGCGAAUCACAGUGGAGGAUCUCAAAUCCAUCACAGAAGCCCCUCCCGCCAAUAAAACACAUUUUAUCGGCUGUAAGGUGGCUGUGACUCUCUUCUUGUACUUCUUGGCGACUAAUUAUUACUGGAUUCUGGUGGAAGGCCUGUACCUGCACAGCCUUAUCUUCAUGACCUUCUUCUCAGACAGGAAGUACCUCUGGGGCUUUACUCUGAUUGGAUGGGGUGUUCCUGCGAUGUUCGUCACCAUCUGGGCCAGCGUGAGAGCCACUCUUGCUGACACCGAGUGCUGGGAUUUAAGCGCAGGAAACCUCAAAUGGAUCGUGCAGAUCCCUAUUCUGACAGCAAUUGUUGUAAAUUUUUUGUUGUUCCUGAAUAUAAUCAGAGUCUUGGCAACCAAACUUCGAGAAACAAAUGCAGGGAGAUGCGACACCAGACAACAGUACAGAAAGCUGUUGAAGUCCACCCUGGUGCUCAUGCCGUUGUUCGGCGUUCACUACAUCGUCUUCAUGGCAAUGCCCUACACAGAGGUGUCCGGGGUCCCGUGGCAAAUACAGAUGCACUAUGAAAUGCUCAUUAACUCAUUCCAGGGAUUCUUUGUUGCAAUUAUAUAUUGCUUCUGCAAUGGAGAGGUCCAGGCAGAGAUCAAGAAAUCGUGGAGUCGGAGGACACUGGCUCUGGACUUCAAGAGGAAAGCCCGGAGCGGCAGCAACACGUACAGCUACGGGCCCAUGGUGUCCCACACCAGCGUCACCAACGUGACGGCCCGCGGGCCCCUGGCCCUGCACCUCACCACCCGCCUGGGGCCCGGGGCCAUCAACGGACACCGCAACCUCCCGGGGUACGUCAAGAACGGCUCCGUCUCAGAGAACUCCAUCCCGUCCUCGGGCCACGAGAACCUCCAGGCGGAGAAAACCAUCCCGGUGGUGGAGGAGGAAAGAGAAACGGUCAUGUGACUUCAGAAAGAGGACUAGUGUUGUGCAGAAAAGGGCUAGCAGGUCCUUUGUUUCCUCAGGAUUCCCUCACAGUGGGAGCAUCUCAGAUGUGUCGGAGACUCAACGGACCAACCGGAGACCAUCAGUGUCCAGGAAACGAGCCGGACUGGAACCUUUCACUGGCAGUAUUUGGAGGAUCAGGACAGAUUUCGGUUAUGGUGAGGUCCGAUGAGUCUGCUUCUGAUGAAAGGUCUGGCUCUCUGGAAGGUGAAUUGUAAAUAAGAUAUUUGGACUUAUUUGAUCAGCACUAAUGUCAUUUUAUUUACACUAGUUCUGAAUGAUGCCAGAUCUGUGAUCUUUGUAUUAUAAUAGCUGUUUUUUGUUCGGAGAAUGUGAUAUUUAUAUUUCUCUAAGCCUUGAGAGUUUUAACAGUACACUGCAAAAACAAAUAUGUUCUUCCUCAGUGUUUCUGUGUUGUUUUCCAGCACAAAUAUCACAACAUUCCCAAAUCAAGAUAGAUUUACUGGAGAAACACGAUAUUAGGUCUCAAAUUUAUCAAAUAUCUGCCAAUGGGUUCAUAAAAAUACUAAUUGUUUUGAGUAAAAACUCACAAAAACAAGACUUCAUAUCUGCUGCUCUAAUAAAUGUCUUGAUUCAAGAAUUUUGUACUGGAAACAAUCCAAAAAUACUGAGGAAGAACGUCAUUUUUGUUUUUUUUUGUUUUUUUGCAGUGUAGAUUCGCCAAGUCUUGCCAGACCGUCUUUUUCUCUCAGUGAGUCUGAGUCUGAAGGUAUCUGUGUAUCACAAAGUACAUUUGUGAAACGUCAAAGCAUUUUGUUAUUAGGACAGACGCAUAAGCAUAAAAGAGAGAUUCGAUGUCAUUUUUGUCUACCUUCACCAUUGAAAUCUACUAUAGCAAAUUUAUUCCAACAAUUCAUACUGCUGCCAUUAAUAAUACUUAUAAAAGCUGGAUUUGGUGUUCCUAAGGUGUUUGAUAGGGUGUUGAUUAACAGCCCAAUACAAAACCUUUUACAAAAGCUUUUCAACUGCAGUUUCGUCCAUACACUCUCAGAAAAAAAGGUACAAAAGCUGUCACUGGGGCUGUAUCU